AAUUUUAUUUAUUUUUAUUUUCCGGGGCCGUUCAUCUUCCCCGUCCGUUGUAAUCCGUACGAGAAUUGUAACAAUCUUAAGGUAGUAGUGAUAUCUGUGCGCAAUGGCGGGUAUGGACGGAUUCGGUUUUGACGCUCACACCGGAAACGGGAGUAGUUCCGAGGCUCCGGUUGUGAACGUUUCGGCUGGAUUGGGUAGCUCUGUUGGGCAGACCACUCCGAUCAACAUUCCUUUCGAGUCGAGUGCGGCCAUGGGGUCCACUCCGAUCACCACCUUCGUUGGAUUGAGCGCGACUAUGAGGUCCGCUCCGGUCACCUCGGUUAUUGGACCAACCGCGGCUACGGCCGCAAUGGUCACCCCACUCGGACCGAAUAUGGCUUCGGCCAUACCGGUCAUUCCCUCACUUGGACCGAACACGGGUGUCUUCACAUCCGCACCGGUCGGGCAUCCUACUGUCAUGCUGCCUGCGAACUCUGUCAAAGAACCGGCAAAGUUCACAGGUGUUGGCUUUAAAAUAUGGCAGCAGAGGAUGUUAUUUUGGCUGACCACCCUCAACCUUGCGAGUCAAGCUGAAGAAUUGAUUCUCAUUUUUAAUGAGUGCACUGACGAGGGAAUGGGAGUCAGUGAGGCAUUCCGAGUGGCGACGAUUAUUCAUGUGCUCCCGCCAGCUUGGGAUGAGUUCCGAAGCUAUCUCAAGCUCAAACGGAAAGAAAUGACUUUAGAACAGUUGCUUGUUCAUCUCCGGAUCCGUGAAGAGGGUCUCACUCGCGAGAAGAAAGUAGCUGUUGCUAAGGCCAAUGUGGUGGAGCAUCCAUCCAAAGAGGGUUCUUCCAAAGGGCCCAAGCCGGAUAAGGACAAAAAGAAGAUUGGUCCUAAAGGAGGCGUCGCGAAGCCCAAGUUCGCGGGGAAAUGCUACAACUGUGGCAUUACGGGCCACCGUUCUUCAGAGUGCCGCAAGAAGCCUCAGAAGAAGAAGCAAAAGAAGGAAGAAGCUCUCUGCUCGGAGCUAGAUGCCAUGGACCUUUGUGCUGUCGUGACAGAGGUCAACCUGGUCGAGUCUAACCCGAAAGAGUGGUGGGUUGAAACCGGAACCACUCGUCAUAUCUGCUCCAAUCGGGCCAUGCUCUUUGACUUUAAGGAGACUUCUGGCGACAAG